GUUUUUCUAAUCAUAAUGUCUUUUACAGGUUUAACAUGUUUUGAGAUAAAAGAUUAUCGUAAUGAGAAAGAUGUUUUUAAAGGCAUCAAAACUUCUGUGAUGAGUAAACAAUAUGGAAACGAAAUAUUUUUAUCAAAGCUCAUUUCUCAAGCUUGCAUCUCCAUACUCCCAGAAAAAACAACCUUUAAUGUAGACAAUGUUCGUGUUUGUAAAAUUUUGGGUUCCGGCCUCCAUAAAUCAGAAGUGUGUCAGGGAAUGGUUUUCAAGAGGCAGGUCGAAGGCGACAUCACAAAAGUAGCAGAGGCCAAAGUCGCCGUGUACACCUAUCCCGUCGACGCAAUGCAGACAGAAACAAAAGGGACUGUUCUGAUAAAAUCUGCCGACGAGUUGAUGAAUUUCAGUCGAGGCGAAGAAAGUAUGUUAGAACAGCAAAUCAAAUCCAUUGCCGAUUCCGGAGCAAAUGUUGUCGUUUCUGGAGGAAAAAUAGGAGACAUGGCACUACACUUUUUGAAUAAAUAUGGUAUGAUGGGUGUGCGCUUGCCUUCCAAGUUUGAUGUCAGAAGGCUGUGUAAAACUGUUGGAGCAACUGCUUUGCCACGAUUAAUUGCACCCACACCAGAAGAACUAGGUUAUUGUGAUAAAGUUUACUUAGACGAAAUCGGAGAAACUCCUGUUGUAAUUUUUAAACAAGAAAGUAAAGAAUCUCGAAUAUCUACGAUUGUGAUAAGAGGAUCUACAGACAAUUUAAUGGACGAUAUCGAAAGGGCAAUCGACGAUGGAGUAAAUACUUUCAAAGCAAUCACAAAAGAUGGUAGAUUAAUUCCUGGCGGAGGAGCAAGUGAGAUUGAACUUGCAAAGCAGAUUACUUCUUAUGGAGAGCAAUUACCUGGCCUUGAACAAUAUGCAGUAAAGAAAUUUGCCGAAGCCUUAGAAUCAUUACCCCGUGCAUUAGCCGAAAAUUCCGGUGUUAAGCCUACAGAAGUAAUUUCUAACUUAUACGCCGAUCAUCAAGAAGGGAAAGUAAACGUGGGAUUUGACGCAGAGGUGGAAGGAACAUCAGUGAAAGAUGUCAGCGAGAACAUAUUAGAUCUCUAUCUUACAAAAUAUUGGGCCAUUAAGUAUGCAACAAAUGCGGCAUGCACCAUUCUCAAAGUUGAUCAAAUAAUCAUGGCCAAGCCGGCCGGAGGACCAAAACCCAAAUCUGACGGAGGCGACUGGGAUCAAGAUUAAGCGUUUCUAACACUAGAGAAGUGUCGCAACAACUGUUACCAAUUUAAUUACUUUGCAAAAUCCAGAAGGAACAUAAUUGUUUUAUUUAAUUCAUUAAUUGCAUUCAUCAUUAAUCAAUUUUAAGACCAGUCGUUUCUUCUGUUUCUUUUCCACACACGGUUGCUCCCGCUGCGGAAGGCUGCCUCGGAAAUAUGCUUCGUUCCACCAAUGAAAUGUUGCGUAGCAGCCAAGAAAGCAAAAAAGAAAAAGAAUGUAAAAUGUUUCGCCUUUGUUGUUUUGUAUUGCGGUUGUAUGGUGUUGAGAUAAUUAACUUUUUUACAAAUUAAAAUCUUAAAUUUGCUUAUA